GACUUUGAAGGAGCAAACUUUAACGAAAAUAAAAGUGGACCGACCUGAUUAUGUAAAUAAUCGCCAGAAAUCCCCACAAAGUUGCCCAGCCUCUUGUGGUCUCUAUAAUCUGAUUAGUCCUGCUCACCCCGCGAAAUCAAGACGGAGGCUAUGGAAGGACCUGACAGAGAGACUUCUCAGUUCUCUUCCAAAAGGUACCCCACAACCGGUAGAGGAACUUGAGAUAUGUUUUGCCGACAUCGGUUCCAGUCCGCCUGAAUAUAGCAGCAGAAAGGUCCUUAUGCGCAGGGGUUUAGGACUGACGGAACCUCCGGAGGUCACGCAAUGGCGGAGUUUUGCAGAGAUUUACUUGAUGGAAAAUCAGUUGACUAAGUUACCCGAGGAUCCUCGGUGUCCUGUACUCUUGGUAUUGUUUCUGAAUAGAAAUUACAAGCUUGGAACUAUCAGUCCGUCUUUCUUUGAUCACAUGCCUGCUCUUGAAAUCCUGAAUUUAUCCAGAACUCGGAUCAAGUCCUUGCCAGAGUCUCUGUUCAGGUUAAGCCGCCUGAAAAGACUGUUCUUAAAUCACUGUGAGUUAUUGAUGGCGUUACCUUCAAAAAUUGGAGAACUUCAGCAGCUUGAGGUACUUGAUCUUGAAGGUACUGAGAUCAUGGAUCUGCCAAAGGAGGUGGCAAAGCUAACAAAGCUCACUUGCUUAGAAGUAUCUUUUUGCCGACGCAUAAAUCAGGGCACAAAAUCUGUGAGAGCAAAUGCGUUGAUUCCUCAAGGCAAUAUUUCCGCGUUAUCUCAGUUAGAAGAAUUAAGUAUUGAUGUAAAUCCAGAGGAUGAGAGGUGGGAGAGUGUUGUGGAAGCUAUUGUUGAUGACGUUUGUGGCUUGAUAAGUCUGGAUACACUUAAAUUGUACCUUCCGCGAGUGGAAUAUCUGAGGAAAUUCAAAUGGUUUGGUACAUACAAGGUGUCUAGAUCAUUGUCACAUUUCAAAUUCAUUGUUGGCAAUCAUGAUAAACGCAUAAUGAAUCGACUCCUAGUAGAUCUUGAGUUUGCACUGGGAUAGAUCCCUGAAAUAUGUAAAUGGUGUGGGGGUGCCUAUAGAUAUCCAGAAGAUGCUUCGGCAUGCUUCUGCAUUUUUCUUAGACCGCCAUACGGAUAUCACUUAGCUAUCUGAUUUUGGGAUUGAGAACAUGGAGCAACUGAAAUGCUGCAUAAUUGGGGAGUGUAAUGAGAUUUGGGUUAUUAUUGAUGGAACUGACAUGUACGAUGAAGCUGAUAGAAGUGGAAUUGUAUCAGAAAUAUUGGAGGAUGAAACGAGACUUCUCAAGUCACUUGAAUAUCUCUAUGUAUAUCGUAUGAAGAGUUUGAGUUGCAUUUAUGAGGGGCCGCUGCAUCGAGGAUCCUUGUCUCAUCUUAAAUGCUUGGCCUUAGUCACAUGCCCUCGGUUGACUACUCUAUUCACACCUGGCCUACUGGAAAAUCUUGAUAGCUUAGAAGAGCUCAAAGUCAAAGACUGCCGUGUUGUCUCAAGUUUAGUGACGUGUGAAGAUACUUCUAUUUACGAGAGUACUCACUUCCUCCCCAACAUGAAAAGGAUAUCCCUAUUC